UCCCCUGUUAGUUAAGCUUUGCGUGAUCUAGCUUUGGUUAUUGAUACAGUGCACAAAUAUCCAAAAGUCAACAAUUAGUAAAGAAACAGCAAACUCCGAGUUCGUUUCUCCAAAUCACACGCCCCCCCAAUUGCUAGCUUUUCAAUGUAAAUGAGUAAAUGCAUUUGCUUCACCACUGAUCUAGGAUCGAACCCCCACCUUCCAACAAUAAUGGAUCCACCACCAUCUUCCUCCAACCACCCCGACUCCUCCGCCACUUCUUCGCCGCACUCCCGCUGCACCGACACCACCUGGGAUGACAACCCUCUACCGCCUGUCCCCGGUGCCGCCAAGCUCCGCCUCAUGUGCAGCUACGGCGGCCACAUCAUCCCCCGCCCCCACGACAAGUCCCUGUGCUACGUGGGCGGCGACACCCGCAUCGUGGUGGUGGAGCGCCACUCCUCCCUCGCCGAACUCCACUCCCGCCUCUCCCACACCCUCCUCAACGGCCGCCACUUCACCCUCAAGUACCAGCUCCCCACUGAAGAUCUCGACUCUCUCAUAUCACUCUCCUCCGACGAAGACCUCGAUAACAUGAUCGAGGAGUACGACCGGACCACCUCCGCCUCCCCGCUGAAGCCCUCCCGCCUCCGCCUGUUCCUCUUUCCUUCGAAGCCUGAAACUGCAGCUUCCAUGGGUUCUUUGCUGGACGAUGCCAAGUCAGAGACGUGGUUCGUUGAUGCUUUGAACGGUGCUGGUUUGCUCCCCAGAGGGAUAUCUGAGUCGGCGGCCAUUGAUACCUUCUUGGAACGCCAUCACGGCAAUAGUGAUUCUAGUGCGGAUCUCGAGGCCCUGCAGAAUGAGUCUGUGGGUAAUAUUAACAAACAGGUUGUGGGCAAGGCUAAUAAUAAUUCUCAGGAAGUCUUUCUUGUGGAAACGACUUCUUCCUUUGGGUCGAGCUCUUCUUCGCCGUCAAUGGCGAAUCUGCCGCCCAUUAAGGUGAGAACUGAAGGUUACAAUCAGACGGCUGGGCUGGAUGAGCAGUUUUCUCAUGCGAGCAUUGCUUCUGGUUUGGCAAAUGCAGCUCCGCCACCUCUUCCUAAUAUUGGCGCCGCCGCAUCAGGUGGAGGAGAAAAUGUGAAUCGGGUAAUAUGCGAUGAUGAGAAGUCGGAGAAGUCCGACCAUGGAACGGUGGCGGCGACAAGGGUGAGGAAGCCGCCGUUGCCAUUGCAAACGGUGCAGAGGAAGGUAGCUGAUAUUCAUAGUUUGACCUCACCUGACUCUGUAACAAGCGAGAGUAGCAUUACCUCGGUUGGAUCCCAAUCAAAGCAGCAAACAAUUCACCAAGAACCAGUGCACAGAGUUCCUACUCCAACAUUAAUAACAACAACAGAUGAUCAAAAGACGAUCAAUACUACUACUAUUACUACUACUACUGCUACUGCUACUGCUGCUGCUGCUGAUUAUAUUCAAGAACCAAUAACAACAACUCAUGAUCAAAUUCUCAUGCAACAGCUUCCAUACCAAAAUCAACAAAUAAAUAUUCAUCAAACUGCUCAACCCACGCACUACAUCCACCACCCUCAACCGAUGCCCGUUUCUUCCUACUAUCCAAUGUAUCAGCUACAACAGCACCCCACCCAAACACACCAAUCGAUCCAUCACCACCAACAAAUUCACGAUCCACAGUAUCAAAUGUACAUAUUGCCUCAUAAUAAUCCUCAGCCCGUCGUUUAUCAGACCAAGCCCGAAAUGGCACCGAGUAAAAUGCACCCAUCCAUUCAAUAUCAGCAUCAACAUCAGCAGUAUAUUUCUCAAAUGCCUUCUUUGGCCCCAUCACAGUCUAAUAAUAAUAAUAGUAAUAAUAUUGCUGCUUCCGCUGGUGCUAUUAAUUACGGAUAUGACUACUCUCAUCAAAUGCAGGAUCAAGUUUACUAUGCUCAGCCUCCACCGUCACAGUACCAAACUAUGACCUCUACUUCUGCAGUAAUGCUUUCUCACGAGCCUUCUACUCACCUUCCUCCUCCAGAUAACACUGGACAACAUUGAUCUUUACUGUGAAUCGAAAAACGAAAUAAAGGGUGGUUGUUGUUGCUGUUAAUUAUGAUUAAUCACGUUCAUGCUUUUAUAUUUUGUUCUUGUAAUUUUGAUUUUCGGAAUUAUAAUUUUUAAGAAGUGUUGUUGUAUGUUAUUUAUCUA